AUGUGGAGCACAGGUACAGGUGUGAAGCAUGUGGAGCACAGGUACAGGUGUGGAGCAUGUGGAGCACAGGUACAGGUGUGGAGCACAGGUACAGGUGUGGAGCAUGUGGAGCACAGGUACAGGUGUGGAGCAUGUGGAGCACAGUAUUGGGACUGGCUUGGGUUGGGACUGGCCUGGUUGGGACUGGCCUGGGUUGGGACUGGCCUGGGUUGGGACUGGCUUGGGUUGGGACUGGCCUGGGUUGGGACUGGCCUGGGUUGGGACUGGCUUGGGUUGGGACUGGCCUGGUUGGGACUGGCCUGGUUGGGACUGGCCUGGGUUGGGACUGGACUGGGUUGGGACUGGCUUGGGUUGGGACUGGCCUGGUUGGGACUGGCCUGGUGCAGGAAAGCGACGCUCAGAGCCAUAAAUCCCUGCGCUGCUUUCACGUGUGCGCGCCGCCAUCCGUCACGCCGGCGCUGA